UUUCAGCAGGCAGAAUUUUGCGAAGGUUCCAUAGCCCAAACUUGUUGUGUACAGCUGUAAACAUACGGCUGUCAAGCGAAAAAGCAAGAUGGCGCUUGUGCUUUGUUUUGAUCCAGUGGUGCACCAACCUUGAUGGUUAGCGGAGUUGUACGCAAACCGUGAACAUCGUGCAAGGAAACUAAAACAAAACCUGGCAAAACCUUGCUUCAGUCUCAAUUGAAUUAAGUUUAAAAUGCAAUAAGGCAAAAAGCGGAAAAGUGCAAACUACCCGCAAUGAGUAAUAUGUAGCGUGCCGAAAGAAAGAGUGCUGCAUCCUACCGAACUGUCCGUUGUCGUUGGUUAAAAUGGACACUGGAAGAGUGGAGCCGGAGCCGGUUAGCUGCGAUCAAUGCCUGCUGUGUCAGUUAAACAGUACCGAUCGAAAUUUGGUAACCGAGCGACUCGACACCGGCCAAGGCACCGUAGCGGAUGUUAUCUGUAAACAUUUUUGGCUUUCGGCAACGACAUGCACAGGCCGAUACAUCUGCACCACCUGCUGGGAUGUGACGUAUUCGUUUCAUAAAUUCUACCUCGAAGUGGAACGGUUGCAUUCGGCCGCGGUUAAGCAAGAGCCACCAGCUGCACCAGCCCAACCAAAGCAGCAAUCGGACACAACGAACGCUGACCAGCUCGUCUGGCUGAACGAGGGCAGCACGCUCAUCACGAGCGUGAACGAAGUUUUCGUGAAGGAGAGCUUACCAGAAAGCGACGAUGAACCGGCCGAAGAGGACGAAGAAUCCGACGAGGAUGCAAACAUUCCUUUGGCAACGCUCAAGCAGGCAGCGAAACCGUCCGCCACGAAACCGCUCGUAUCUCUGCAGCAGGAUGACGACGGCACGACAGGAAACGCUCCAUUCCCCGGGGUAGGAUUGUCCUUGUGCCGCAUUAGCGGCAGUUCGCUGGAGCUGCUUUGCCACGACUGCUACCGGAAGUCGAACAAUGCGAACAGCAGCGAGCGAAGCAAGGAGGGAGCGCGCUUUACCUUUGCCGCAUUGCUGAAACACUACCGGCAGGUACACGGCAAGCCGGGGUACGCGGUGUGCUGCAAUCGAAAGUACACGCGGCGACGGUCGCUCAAGAUGCACCUGCAGACGCACGGCCGGAAGCUGGUGUACCGGUGCGUGCCGUGCGGCAUCAAGUUCCGCAAGCAGGAGUCGCUGGACGAGCACAACCUGCUGAUACACACGUCGGAGGAGGAGAAGCGGUACCGGUGCGACAAGUGCGACAAAGCGUUCGCCACGGAGCAUCUGCUCAACUCGCACGGCCUGUGGCACGAAAAUGUGGCCAGAAAAAACAUCACCUGCAGCGUGUGCAACAUAUUCUUCACCAGCCAACCGUCGCUGAAAAAGCAUCGCGCCCUGCACCACCCUUCGAUGGAGAGCAGCGAUGUGAGCGUACCCUCGACCAACGGCAGCACUGCAGAGGCGGUCGACGAUGAAAAAUUGGUCGCCUCGCAGUAUCGUACCCGCAUUUCGGCCACGGAAAUCGGCGAACAGGAGAAGCUGAUCAGGCGCCACUGUCUGCUGCACUGCAGCCGGUGCGCCUUCUUCGGCGAAAGCUUCACCCAGCUCAAGGAGCACGCGGCCGAGGCGCACGGGCUGCGCAGCUGCGACGUCGUGUGCUGCGAGCGCACGUACAGCAAGCGGCAGUCGCUGUACGAGCACUGUCUGGUGCACGAGAAUCCCGACUGCUUCCGGUGCGACGUGUGUGGCAAGAGCUACUCCAGCAGCCGGAGCCUGCAAAACCACAGGUGGCGCAUACACACGCCCGCGGCCGAGCGCCCGUUUCGCUGCGACGUCUGCGGCGAAACGUUCGUGAAGGAUUACCUGCUCAAGCAGCAUCUCGUGCAUCAUUUGGCGAAGCACAAAAAGCUAAACCACUGCGACGUGUGCGAGCGUUCGUUCACGACCGCGACGGUGCUCAAGUGCCACCAGCAGACGUACCAUGGCGGCGGCUUCGCCCUGAUCUGUGAUAUCUGCGCGAAGGGUUUCAACAGCCGGGCGCUAUUCGAAAACCAUCGCCUGACGCACUCGGUGGAAGGCAAGUCGCAGCUGAAGCAUCAGUGCGAACAGUGUAAGAAAUGGUUGCGCAACAAAAAAUCCUACCAGCAGCAUCGCAUACGCUGCCACACGAACGACGGUCCGGUGACGUGCAAGUUCUGCGGCAAGGAGUCGGUGAACGCGAGCGCCCUCAAGUCGCACGUGCAUCUGCAUCACGCGGCCCGGCCCGAAUACCCCUGCACGCUGUGCGACAAACGGUUCAAGACGGCACUGCGGCUGCGGGAGCACGAGGCGACGCACACGGGCACGGCCCUGUACCGGUGUCCCUGGUGUCCGCGCACGUUCGCCUGCGGCUCGAACAUGUACAAGCACAAAAAGGCGGGCCACCCGCUCGAGUGGGCUGCCUCGGUGAAGCAACGGUUCGGCGAGCGAUGAGUGCAGCGGCACUGGGCUACGCAAAGGCUGGACAACCCGCGAUUGCAAUUGGUUGCCGGUGAGCGUUUGGAGCGUUUCUACGAGUCGGUCGGGAACAGAGUAUUGGUAAGAUUGUAACAGGUCUGCACGAAAGGGAGGGCAAUGAUGCAAUUUUAGGAUUACAUUAAUUAAAUUAUUAAAUACUCCAAUGAUUGAAUUCCGGUGUUAGUGGUAACGUAAGUAUUGUUUAUUUAGGUUUUAUAGAAAUUUGGUUGGUUAGCAAAUCUGAACAAAAACGAUCAAAAUGCACAAUAUUUCAAAAAAAAAAUACAGAUUUUUGUUACAUAAGAAAGAACCUUUCCAAAAGAGGUUUGUUUGUCAAAACUUCAACACUCCAUACUACUGUAACUGUUUCAUCAAAGCAGUUUCUUACUGCUAAGCUCAUUAUACUCAAUUGGAAAUAUGGAAAAUCUCUACAUGUUUUUGGCGCCUCACCCUCAGAACGAUAAACAAGUUCGUGCGGCUUUCAAGCGAAAAUGCAAGCUUUAUUGUGACAAUUUGGCAAUACAUUCAACGGUCAAAGUAUUUUCUUUCGCAAAAAAAAAACUUGUUUCCUUUCUUUUUGGUAAUCUACGAUUUUCAUCGUGAAUCCUAGGCUACUCAGUGAACCCUGGAUGGUACAAACCAUCCAUUUUCAGUGUUUCCUAAAACUCUUUUCAUCGCUUGUGUAAAACGGGGUUCGUCGCUUGUUGCCCAAUUCCCAUAUAAAACGCAGUUCUCUACCUUUUGAACCGUUUUGCUUGCUUUUAAUCGAUGGGAAAUUUCUGGCUAAUAUACUUGAAAUGUGUCUUGAAGUGUGUCUAGUGUAGGCGCUUCGAUAUAUUUCUCCAUAUUUUAAAUAGUGAAUAGCUCCCUGCCAAAAUACACUUUUUGU